CUCACACGACUAGCAUGCUUUCCUUUUAUCCCACACGCAUCUCUCACUGCAACUCAUCUGCCAAUCUGCCUGCUGUGUUUUGCAGGAUGCUGAAGUCACAGAUGGAGAUCUUGCCGGCUUAGCAAAUCUGUACUGGAUGGAUUGUAAACUUUAAAGAUGAUAACAGGUCAUUUAUACAUAUAAAAUAGUGUCAUGACGAAGAGUUUAAACUGUUUUCUUCUAUUGAUUACAAUCUCCUAAUCAGCGUAUUCAAUGUCUUACGUGGAACUUUUCUACACUGAACAUCUACAUGCUUUUGGAAGGAAAAGUAUGUUUGGAAGGAAUGGGUGAUGAAUGCAUGGAGAAGAAGAUUUAGUGGAGAAUUAUGAUUGCCUCAGAGUUUCCUCUUCUAUAUAAUUAGGAGAAUACAAACUCCUCAAAGAUGUCUGUGCCAACGACUCCUCUGUAUACAAAUGGCACCAGGUUCAGUACAGAGACACCAAAGUCACCGUCUACUUCAAAUGCAUUUCUGUUUUGUCUUACACUAACACUGACGCUGAUUGUCUUAGUGAGCACUGUUUAUUCUCUGGUGUCCUUGAUAAGGAUAAAGAAUAGGUCUGCGCUCUCUGUGCUUGUGGCUUCCUUGUCUGUGGAUGACCUACUGACUGUAGUACCUGUGUCUAUCUUCAUGCUAAAACAAUGGACUGGUGAUCCGCUCUCCCAGCCCUUGUGCACUGCUGCAGCUUUCCUCUACCUGUUCCAUGGAGUAUCCAGCAAUUUAAAAGCAUCUGUAAUUAUUUCUUAUAACUUCUGCACAUCGACCAAACUAUCAAACUAUCAAACUACAAAACUGGCACCGAAAAUGCCAUGGACCAUUUUAAGCACAUGGGUUGUUAGUUUGUCUAUAAGCGCGCUGCCUUUUUUUGGCUGGGGUGCAUUCAAUGCCACCACUUGGGGAUGCCUUGUAGACUGCACCGGCUCUUAUGUGCUGUUUUUAUUUGCUCUGUAUUCUGUCAGCUUCUGUGUUCUGACUGUCUUCUCCGUCCCCUUAACUCACCAGUUGCUUUGCUCGGAUAGCCAGGAACAAGUACUUUAUCUGAAUUACAGAGACAUUGCUAAGGGUUCUCUAACCCCCAAUACACCUCUGGGCAGCACCGCCUCGUCUGUGCCUCCUGAUAAUCCUGCUGGAAAAACCUUGAAGAAUUUCAAUGAGAAUUGUGUGAGCUCAGAGGCUGUGUACAAGAGGAGCCUGGGUGAUGAUCAGCACUGCUCUAGCAGCAUGGGAGGUAGCAGGAGCAUGACAGUGCUGUAUGCACAGAAGCGAUUUUCCCUCAUUCUUGCUUUGAUUAAAGUCAUUCUGUGGCUUCCAAUUAUGAUACAACUGGUUGUCCAACACAUUGUUGGCUUCCAGAACCUUUCCUUUGAAACAUUAAGUUUCCUUCUGACUUUGCUAGCUGCUACCACCAGUCCGCUGUUCCUUCUGUCUGAGCACUGGAUUCACCUGCCAUGCGGCUGCAUCAUUAACUGCAAGAGGAAUAAACACCCGAUGUCAUCAGAAGAUUUCCAAGUUAAAAAAGGAGGAUUUGAUUUCAAUUUGUCUUUCAAUAAAGGCUACGGGAUUUAUAAGAUAUCCCAGGAAAACCAUGCCACGGGAGAAAACUCUAUUUCCUACCAUAAUUUGAUUAAUUAUGAAUGUGACAGCACAAAUGACCCUCGCUGUGACAGAAUCCUCAAUUCAGCUGUACUAGAUUUCAGCACUAUAAGUCUGCAGGAUAGUUCCAUGUUGAAAGACGUCAGCAAGAUCAGAACCCUCAACACAGAGAUAAAACCUGACCCAGGAAAGGAUAAGGCAAUUGGACGUCUACUUUCGGAGAAAAUCGGAGUGUUUAAAAGAGACGAUAUUAGAAAUUUUGAUAAUUCUGCGUUUUAUGAAGGCCAGGAACGAAGACUCUCUCAUGAAGAAAAUCGCAAGCCGGAACUUACAGACUGGGAGUGGUGCAGAAGUAAAUCUGAACGGACACCUCGACAGCGCUCUGGUGGAGCAUUGGCAUUACCGCUGUGUGCUUUCCAAGGCACAGUGUCACUCCAUGCACCCACAGGAAAAACUCUUUCCUUAUCUACUUAUGAAGUGAGCAGCGAAGGGCAAAAGAUUACACCUACAUCUAAGAAGAUUGAAGUGUACCGGUCAAAAAGUGUAGGCCAUGAGCCCAGCAAGGAAGACUCUCCCACCCAAUUUCCAGACACCAAUGUCAGGAUUCACCUAGAAGUUCUGGAGAUUUGUGAUAAUGAAGAAGCCAUGGACACUGUAUCAAUCAUCAGCAAUAUAAGUCAGUCUUCUACUCAAGCUCGUUCUCCUUCACUGCGCUACUCACGCAAGGAGAACCGAUUUGUCUCUUGUGACCUGGGAGAAACUGCUUCCUACUCACUCUUCAUUCCAACCAGUAACCCAGACAGUGAUAUUAAUAUUUCCAUUCCAGACACUGUGGAGGCUCACCGUCAAAACAGUAAACGGCAACAUAUGGCUAGAGACAGCUAUCAAGAGGAAAUACAGUUGUUGAACAAAGUGUACAGGAAAAGGGAGGGGGACGGGGACAGUUAAAAUGAUAAAACUUACUCUGAAUGUGAACAUUGCUGUAGUUCUGAAAACAAAUGAUUUAUCCACAUCAAUCUGUCCAGGUGAAGGAACAGCUGAAAGUCUUGCUGAUUGCUUUGUGUAAGCUUUGUACUUACUGUAUUUUUCAUUAUCCUGCAGUACAAAAAAAGUUUUGACGUGAUCUUACAACUCUGGUUAUCUCUAGCUAUAUAUAACUAUUUAGAGGGUAGCAUCAUGGUAUAUCUUACCAUGAAUGGAGCAAUAGAGUAUCAUACAUAACUCACUCUGCUGCAUGUAAAUCUAGUUAAAAAAAAAGUGCAACAAUAGCGCACAAAUGAUAAACACUGUGAUAAUAGAAAAAAACACACAACAAAUGAUAUAUUUGUCUGUAGCACUGUAAGCAUAUUGUUUAACCAUCAUUUUUUAGACAACAUAUACACUCCAUGGAAAAAUGUAAUCUGAUCUAGUAUAUGACAAUUCAUUUUUUAACCCAUUUAGCAUCUUUUUUAUACUUGCACACUCCAAUUUAAUAUUUCUACAUUGACAUAUAGCAAAAUACAGUACUCAAGCUAGAACAGUUACCACUGGUAUUACAAAAAUCACGCUUUUACUAGAAUUUUCAUGUCAUAUAAAGGAUGUAAACGUAAAUAGGAUGGGUACAGUAUCUAUUGGUUCCAAAAUCCUCAUUCAUGAGAAGACUGCCUUUGCUAUUCAAUCACAUACUCCAUUGGCACUCUCAUCUGAAGGCACAGGUUAUGCACUGUGAGUCAAAUACAGUAAUGACUGACAGGUGGUGGCAUAGGCACUGAGUAACUGCUCUUACACACUUCACCCAGGUACCAGGUAAACAUGAUGUUUUUAGUACCGACAAGAAAAGUUCACAAGGAUUCUGGUCAUGUUUGUGCCUUCAUUAUCAUCUUUAGUAAUUUCAAAGUACAAAUAAGAAAUGACUGCAUACAACAAGCUUUAGAUAUCCAAUAGAUAACAUAGAUUUGCAUAUAUGUAUAUAAUCCUAUAUUCUAUGGAUUAAAACACAGGGACUGGCUCAAGUAAGUACAGCUCAGAGAACCAUAUUGUACAAUAAUUGCCAUUUUCCUUUCAAGUUUCAUACUGGUUUGUUAUAUGAGGACUGAUUGGAAAGUAAUGAGACUGCCUCUACUUUCUGUGCCAUAGGUAGAAGAUGCAAUACUAUGGGUACUAAGCAGUGAUAAAAGUAGUGAAGUGAGCAUGUGACGAAGUUGCCCAAUGCAACCAAUCAGCAUUGACGUAACAUUUAUAAUUUGCAUGCUAUAAAAGUAUACAGAGCAGCGGAUUGGUUGCCAUGGGCAACUUCUCCACUGGCUCAGUUCUCCACUUGUAUCAUUGCUUAGUACAUCUCCCUCUAUGCUGGUUAUUGUGAAGCUUAUACAUCAAUGUGUCUGAACCUGCGGUUGGACUACCGCAGUCUUCUUUGUUUGGUCACAACGAGUGGAAGAUCUUCGUACGCUUCGUCCAUGGCAGAUGAGUCUGUGAGAUUACGUCAGAGAUGUGUCAAAAUUUUGUGUUAAACAUGUAAAGAGCGGAAAUUAAAUGAAAUGAGAUGCCAAGUGAAGCCAAAAGUUUGCGUAAAGUUACGCUUCAGUCAUUUUGCUACAUCUCUGCAGCUUGGCAAUGUUGUCAUCUGUAAACUGUAGUGGAUGGCCUUGCAAAAUGCGCUUCAUCAGUCAUUUGUGUAUUACCCUCUUGGAAGUGCUUCCACCACCGAAAUACUGCAGCAUGGCUAAUAGUUUCUCCACACUAUGCUUACCGUAACAUUUCAUGAGUUUCAUUUGACUUUUUCCAACUUUAACACAAAAUUAAAUCACACAUUUCUGAAGUAAUCUCAGACACAUCUUCUUCACCUGCCAUGAUGAAAC